AUGAAAUCCAUUUUAUCAUUAAUCAUCUUCUUUUUAGCAAUUUCUUUUGUUACCUCAGAAGUUUUUAACUCUGUUGUACCAUUAGGAAAAACAGUUCAAGGUAAACUUAUUCAACAAAAUAUCCCAAGUAUUUCAAUUCCAAGUGGAAAUAUUCAAAUUAGUGGAUUUCAAGCAGUUUUUUUAAAUGAUUCAUCAAAUGCUCAAUUUUUAAGAUCAUCAAUUAAAAUUAUUUCAGUUGAUAUUAGUGUUAGUAAACCAGCUCAAAGAAAGAUUUUUUCAUUCACUCUUUCAAACAUUUUUGAGCCAUUGGUAUUACCAUCACCAUAUGUUAUUAAUGUUCCAACUGGAUCAACAGCAAGUAUGUCAAUUUCAUACUUAACUACCAAUAGUGAAGCACGUAAUGUUUCAUUGAAAUAUUAUAUGAAAUAUGAAAGUGUUAGCAGUGGAUAUACACCAGUUUCAAGAUCAUCCAUUUCAGCAUCACCAAAUGGUGCUGCAUUCAACGUUACCAAAGGUACCAAUGGCAAAUUCACUAAAUCAAAUAACUACAUUUGGCAAACUGAUGUCUCUGUAGUAUCAUUACUUGCAACUGGCUCACAAGGUAUUAUUAGUAUGGCUUUUGUUAAUAAUGCCACCGGUGCUGUCAUUUGUAAUUCAGUAGGUCACUAUGUCAAUGAUCUCCUUUACACAAUGUCACCAUGUUCAACUGUUACACCACUUACUAAAGGUACAACUUAUACUGUUUUAGCAGUUUACAAUAAUACUGUUCAAAUUAAUGGUGUAUUCGCAUCAUUUGGUAUCUAUACAACUUUCCCAAAGGCUUCAACUACUGGUAGUACAACUGGCCCAUCAACUACUCAUGCUGCAUCAUCAACCACUGGUCCAUCAACUACUCAUGCUGCAUCAUCAACUACUGGUCCAUCAACUACUCACGCUGCAUCAACUACUGGUCCAUCAACUACUGGUCCACGUCCUUUAACUUCAACUACUCACGCUGCAUCAACUACUGGUCCAUCAACUACUCACGCUGCAUCAACUGGUCCAUCAACUACUCACGCUGCAUCAACUACUGGUCCAUCAACUACUGGUGGUAAAACAAGUGGUGGUGGUAGUGGUGGUGGCAGUGGUGGUGGUAGUGGUGGUAAAACUUCAACAUCAGGUCCACACUCAACUACUGGCCAUCAAACUUCUGGUCAUCAUACAGGUUCUUCUCAAAGUGGUUCAGAAAGUGGUUCAGAAUCAAGUGGUAGAGGUUCAUCACAAAGUGAUUCACAAAGUGAUUCACAAGCAAGCGGCUCUCAAUCAAACUCUGAAUUCACUACAACUGGUUCAAUGUCUGGUAGUCAUCAAAGUUCAGGAAGUCAACAAACCUCUGGUUCAAUGUCUGGUAGUCAACAAACUUCAGGACAAACCUCUGGUAGUCAACAAUCUGGUUCAUCUGGUAGUCAAUCAACUGGUGGCAGUUUCCAAACUUCAGGUUCAUCUGGUAGUCAAUCAUCAGGUCAAUCAACUGGCGGUCAAUCAUCAGGUCAAUCAACUGGUGGUCAAUCAUCUGGUCAAUCAACUGGUGGUCAAACCUCUGGUCAAUCAACUGGUGGUCAAUCAUCAGGUCAAUCAACUGGCGGUCAAACUUCAGGUCAAACCUCUGGUCAAACUUCAGGUGCAUCAACUGGUGGCAGUUCAACUACCUACAGUGGUAUGGCUGAUUUCAAAACUCCAUUCGAAUAUAAACACUCAAAUAAUAGAAAACUCGAAAUCUAUUAA